AUGCUUUUACAGCGGGCCCGCUGUCUGACGCGUCUUGAGCUAGCGCCUGGUCAUCGCAUAUUCCCUCCCCCAUACAGACCAUACGCCACGGCUGCGGGCCUUUUUCUCAGCUCGACGCGGCCCUGCGCGAAACCACGUGCAGCACAGCAUGUCAGUCGAUCAGGUCCUCACGUAUCGCAACAACGUGGCGCCAAGAGAAAAACCACUGUCAAUUUGGAUGACCUGCACCAAGGACCUAUUGGAUUCGAGGCAUUGCCUCCCCAAGAUGAUUCCGAGCCAGAAUACCCUCCGCUAUUGCAGCAGGUGCGCAACAACAUGCUCAAAUUUAGCCAUUGUGUGCUUCUCACACGAGUCGGGGGCUUCUACGAGCUAUAUUUUGAGCAUGCAGACGAGCUAGCACCCCUCUUGAACAUCAGGAAGUCCAGGAAGAGAGCUGUAAAAGGCAGCAAGAAGCCUGCAGUAUCUAUGGCUGGCUUCCCCGCUUACCAACUGGACAGGUACCUCAAAAUCCUUGUUCAAGACCUCAACAGGCAUGUUGCGAUAAGUGACGAGUUUCCCAACGAUGCGCCCACCAAAGCAAAGGGUGACUCACAGUUUACGAGAAGGGUUUCACGCAUUGUGACACCAGGGACCCUCAUCGAUGAGCAUUUCAUGGACCCAUGGGAGAACAACUACCUCCUCAGUAUCCAUGUAGACCCGGAGGUGCUCAAGAGUGAAGCACCAUCCCACCAAAUCCCUGGUAGUUCAAGCGUUUCUUCGAUUCUUAACCUACCACGCACUCAAGUUGGGCUUGCAUGGCUUGAUUUAUCCAGCGGCGAUUUUCUGACCCAGAGCACGGAUAUUGCAUCACUGCCCUCAGCGGUGGCUCGAAUCAAGCCGAGAGAGAUAGUUUUGGACAGUGUCUUCCAAGAGCCAGAUUAUUCGCACAUUGUGUCUCUUAUGCAAGAAGACGGGUAUGCCAUUACUUUCCAUGAGCCUCCAGAAGACCGGCUUACAGUGGAGGACUGGAAGCCCAUGUUGGAAGAUGCCGUAGAUGGCUUCGACAUGGCCAAAUUCACGCCUGGCGAAGUGACUGCAGGUGGCUCAUUGCUACACUAUGUAAAGCAUCAAUUACGUGGUUCGCAGAUGCAGCUCCGAGCCCCAGUAAGGCAUCAAGCUGAAGAACACAUGAGCAUCGAUAAACAUAGUCUGAGGGCACUAGAAAUCCGAAGUACAAUUCGGGAUGGUGUAUACGAAGGAAGCCUGUUACAUACUGUCAAGAACACUGUCACAAAGAGUGGAACCAGACUUCUCACUCAGCGUCUCUCUGCCCCAUCAAUGUCGCUCUCAACCAUUAAUGACAGAUUAGAUCUGGUAGAGGAGAUGAUGCAGUAUCCACAGCUUCGUCAAGACAUUACUGCUUUACUGGAACAGACAUUCGACACUCUUCGGCUAGUGACCAAGUUCACGUACGGUCGCGGCAGCCCUGAUGACCUCAUGGAGCUUUCAAAGACGAUCUUGACAACUUCUGCAAUCUUGGACGUCAUACAAAGGCACGUGGCCUCGAGAAAUGCUACUCCUAUCGACCCUGCAACCGGUAUACCCGAUAGCCGGCGCAGACAGUGUAUGGCGAUGCUAGAGCGUCGCUUCGAUUUAGUGCUACCACUCCAGCUUGCCAAACGUAUACAAAAAGCUAUCGACGAAGAAGGCCUAUCUGAAUAUCAUCGCGUAGAGAGCGCCGAGGCCGAGGAAAUGUCAGACCUAGCUCAGGAUGUACUCGGUAGAGAAGCUGGUGAAGAGGAUCUGAAGGGCAUACCAAAGCGCAUUCAGCCCAAACCCCAUACAAUAACACCAAGCUUCAAGAGCGCCACGGACGGUAGAGAGGAUAUCCAUAUCAUGAAACGCAACGCAAGCCCUACCCUCAAGCGGCUACACGACACCUUGGACACCUUGAGGCAGUCCAAGAGCGAAUUGGAAAAUAGCUUGCGUACGAAGAUGGGCACCGAGAGCUUGGUCUUGAAGUGGACCCCCGUUUUGGCUCAUUUUGCGCAUGUCAAAGGAAGAGACGCAACUCGAGUGACAGAAUAUUACCCCAAAACCUUGAGCAGCAGCAGAACUACCCGCUCUAUCCAGAUACCAGAAUGGACUGACUUGGGGGCCAAGAUGGAUGAGACGCGCUUUCGUAUUCGGACAGAAGAGCAACGCGUGCUUGGAGAGCUGCGUGAGGCUGUGGUGCGAAACCUUGUGAAACUGCGACGCAAUGCUGCAGUACUUGACGAGUUGGAUGUUGCCUGCGCUUUUGCCGUCCUUGCUCUGGAGAAACAUUUCAAUCGUCCUAUUCUCCGUCCUGAGCCGUCACAUCACAUCAUUGGUGGUAGGCAUCCUGUUGUCGAACAUGGGCUAAGCGAACAAGGGCGCAUCUUUGCACCAAAUGACUGUCAACUUGGCAACAAAGAGCGUAUAUGGCUCAUCACCGGUCCCAACAUGGCUGGAAAAAGCACGUACUUGCGGCAAAACGCACUCAUAUCCAUAUUAGCGCAAACCGGUUCCUUUGUGCCAGCAGAUUACGCAGAGAUUGGUUUGGUUGAUAAGAUUUUCAGUCGUGUCGGUUCGGCGGACAACCUAUACCAAGACCAAUCGACGUUCAUGGUGGAGAUGCUGGAAACAGCGCAGAUUCUGAAAGAAGCCACACCCCGAUCGUUUGUCAUCAUGGACGAAGUUGGGCGAGGAACGACACCGGAAGACGGCAUCGCCGUGGGUUAUGCCUGUCUCCACCACCUCUACCAUGUCAAUCAGUGCCGGACAUUGUUUGCAACGCAUUUCCAUGUGCUCACUGAUAUGACGCAAGACCUUGAAAAGCUGAGCUGCUAUUGCAAUGACGUGUUUGAAGAAGCUGAUGGAUCGUUCUAUUAUGUCCACCGACUGAGGAGAGGUGUCAAUCGACAAAGCCACGCAUUGAAAGUGGCUAGAGUUGCCGGACUUCCUGAAAAUGCUAUUGCAGUUGCCGCCCAAGUCCUCGAACAGAUCAAAGGCACAGCAAACGCCUUUGACAGGCUUCCGGUGCCUACUCUAUCCGCUCAGGACUUGGAAGAUGAUGAAGAUGCUAUAGCGUCACCAUCUCAACAAAGCGCCAGCAUCUAGCUGUCUUCUUUCUCGUAAUCCCAGGUCGUAUGCUUACGGGACGCUCACACCGUGUGUCCAUCUUUGUCACAGUGCGUUCGCUCUCUGCAAAGAUUGAAGAUACCUCAUGUCUAGCAGGAACGGCAAGCAAGCCCGACCAUUACAAGCAGCGUUUAGAGACAGCGGUAGCAGAUGUUCAUUCGCAUGUCAGCGAUGCCAUUGGUAAUACGGCUGAGUGACGCCUUGCUCGC